GGUCCGUCAAUCCUCCACACGAUCGUGACAUUCAUACAGGAAGCAGAUUUUUCAAACUGCCCUUCAGGCUUACAGUUAGACUUUCAUGAAGGGGCAAAAUCUGAAUAAGAACUGAAACAUUCCCUUUCAACCAAAUACAUUUAAGACUCCCUUUAAGAUUGUCAAUAUAGUCUCUAUAUACAGUCUCAAUUAGCCUCGUUCAGUGGUUUUAGGUUAUUGAUGUGGUCUCCGCCCCCUCCAGAUCUGAGCCAAGUGGAGGAGUCAGAAGGGCGUGUCCCAGCAGGGAAGUGUGAGUCGGACCAAAGGAGGGACCCUUCCCACCCCGGAUUCAGAUGGGGCAGAAACAGGCCAGAGUGAGCAGCAUUAGGAGGAUGGGUUCUGGUCCCGUGGGCAGGGUGGCCCGUAGAUGCAGUAGCACACCAGUAGCAGCAGCAGCCAGCCCCUCAGAGCGAAGUCCCUCCGCCUGCUCCGGACCGGGACCCCACAGUCCCUGUCACCCCUCUCCACAUCAUCCUUCACCUCCCCCCAACCCUCCUCCUGCUCAGCCCAGACACAGACCCCUCAGAGCCCAUACCCAGCGUUCAUUUUUACAGAAUGCUGAAACCAUCGAAUGAAGCGUCGGGGAGUGCUGGCAUUUCGGGUUGGUGGUGACGUCGGGUGCGAGGGCCGCCUCCGAUGGAACUGGGGGUGCCUCAGCUGGCUCGUCGGGCUUCCACGCCCUAGCUGGCUCAAGAGGUUUCCUUGCCCCGGAUGGCUCGGCAGGCGCCCAUCCCACGUCAAGCCUCCGCUGGAUCGGCAAGGUUUUACGCCUCUGCCGGCUCACCAGGCGUCCAAGCCUCAGCCGGCUCAUCAGGCUCCCAUGUCCCAGCGGGAUCAUCAGGCUCCUACGCCUCUGCCGGUUCGUUGGGCUUCUACGCCCCCAGGUGGCUGGUCCAGCGCCCAUGCCUCGGGUGGCGCCCCUAGGGGGAGGGGGUACUGUCACGCCAGCUCCCGCUCUCCCUCGAGGGCGCCAGGCUACCCAGCACUACGCACUCCUGCCACCAUCAUUACGCGCACCUGCUUCCCUCGUCACACGCAUCAGCGAUUCAUUCCACUCAUCUGGACUCAAUCACCUGUGUCAUUACCUCCCCUAUAUCUGUCUGUUCCCCAGUUCUGUUCCCCGCUUCAGCAUUAAUUGUCGUAUGUCGUUGUGUUACCCGGUUCUGACGCUGUUCCUGUCCUGUUCCAUGUCUAUGCAAUAUUAAAUGUUCACUCCCCGUACUUGUUUCUUUACUCCAGCGUCGGUUCUUCCAGAGCUUGCAUAGGGACGAGGAAGAGAGCACAACAACACUCCUGUUUCCCUCCUCACUCUCAGGAGGUAGUGUCGCUGUCAAACACUGUUAGACUUUCUCUCAUCUCAUGUCUGUCA